CCGUACAAUAGGAGUGUAUCGAAAUUGGGGUAUCCUAUCGUUGAGCACGCCCAUAUAUAUUGCAUACAAUACAGUGAAAAUUUCCGAUAUUCAAACUCAUAUCACAAGAGCAAAUCACUACCUCAGUUAGUCGAGAUGAAAAUGUCACAUACUUUUUCUUGAGUCCAUACAUUUUCAUCAGAUUAUGACAAAAAAAAAAUUAAAACAUUCGUUGACUAGACUCGGAUAAUAUUUUAUUAUUUUAUAGAAUAACAAUAAUUCAGUCAUUGAUGACACUAAUAUUCAAGAAUAUUCUCUUCUUUAUGCAUAUAUUAGUCGAUAUAUAAAUGGUACAAAUGAAUGGCGUAUAAAUGCCUUUCAAUUACAUACAUUUAAUGGUUCUCAAACAGGUAUUAUUAUAACUAAUACAUCAAUUGAACAAAAUAUAUGGAUAUCACGUAUAAAUACAGUUAUAAAAAAUUUAACAAUACGUACAUUAGCUGAACUAAAUCAAACAUUAUUAUCAAGUGAACAAAUAUUUUAUGCUAGUUGGAUUUAUGAACAAGUUAUUUAUCCUAAUGAAAAUCAUUUACCAGAAUGGAAAGCUAUAUUUAUGGUUUUUAAAGGUAGUGAUCUUUAUAUAUUUGAUGAUAAACAAUUACCACCAUUAUGUACUUAUGAUUUUAUAUGUUGUACACGUGUAUAUCCAAUUAUUGAAGUAUUUAUUGAAACUGUUACAUGUAAAUUAUCAAGUGAUGAUCAUCGAUAUUGUUUUACAUUAAUAUUACCAAAUGAUUUAACAAAUGAAUGUCGUUAUUUAAGUUUAGAAAGAAAAAUUGAUUAUGAUAAUUUUAUAUUAAAUUAUCAACGAUCACUUUAUAUAUCGACUUAUUCAAUUCAUAAUCGUAUAUUUGGUUGUAUUUAUCAAGGACAAAUAUGUCGUUUAAUAAUUGAUAUAAAUAAAGGUUUUGAAAUGUAUAAUAAUAAAACAAAUAUUAUUUUAUGGAAAUUUACAUUUGAACAACUUUUAUCAAGUUCUGAUAAUGGACAUGAUAAAAUAUUUUUUCAAUUUAAACAAAAUUUAACUCUAAAUGAAAACGAAACAAUUAUAAAUAUUGAAGUUCAAUGUCAACAUCUAAGAACACUUAUUCAUGUAAUUAAUUCGUUUUUAACUGUUAAAUUUAUUGGUCAACAAGAUAAUAUGAUUGAUUAA